CUUUAACGCACACCGACAAUAUCACAGGGCGCCACCAGCAAGAACACCAUCAAGAACAACAACAAGGACAUCACAGCGUGAUACUAUUCUUGGGGGGAGGACUUCACUAGUAGCCACCCAGAGAGCACGCGUUAUUUCACACGUUCUAUCAAGACGCGCUCCCAACACGGUCAUAUCUCAUUCCAAUCAUCUCACGUUUAACCCCUUCGUUUUUUGAACAUGAAUAUGGGUACAUCUUCCAUCCAGCCAGGAACAACGCGUCGUGCUCACGAAGAAUUGUCUGGGUUGACUGCAACACCGCUGUUCCCGCUGCUGUCAGCUGAGCCUGAACUACCGCGACCGCUCCGUGUCGAGGACGCGCUCUUCCUGUCCCUGAGAGCUCUAAUCGCAAGUGAUCAACUCCCUCUUCUGCCCAUUGUACAUGAUAAGGACUUCCAAGCUCGGAUCUUCACGAACGGGAAAAAUCGACUUCUGGAGUGGAGAGGGGACACGGAGAUCCACAGUUUUGCUACGCGACUUAUCCUUCAGAAUUUCAGCAAUAAGUCUGACAUCUCUAUGUUUCACUUGUUGAGGAGUUCUUUGGAGUGUAACAAGACGUUGGGGCUGCUUUCACAGCGCUAUGGUUUGCACCGAUUGUACAAAGGUAUAAGUGGAAUAGACCUUUGCAAGGCGCCUGACGCCAAAUGCCAUGCAAAUCUAUUCGAAGCGUAUAUCGGUGCAAUGAGUCUCAUUUGUGGGGACUCCGCUUUCAGAAAUUUCCUCAACGCUGUUUUCCUGCCCAUUCUCACUUGUGCCGCCCAAACUCUCGGCAUCUACUCCUACGUUCCUCGACCCUUGCCCAUUAGCGAUGGUCUUGAUGAUCUGGCAACAGAGAUGUCCGGCGUAGAAGAUGGAUCUGGCGACAAACCCGAACGAGAGAAGCUCGCUUUUGAGACUGGAUGCCACGAACUUGGGAUUCUGCCGCAUUUGCGCGUUAGGGACACUGGAGAGCAAACUUUGGAUCGCCGAUUCAGGGUAACCAUUCAUUGCAGAAAAGAAUUGAUUUCGGCUGGUUGUGGCCCAACUCAACAUGCCGCACAGGCGAAAGCAUACAGGAAUGGAAUAGCAACCUUGGCUCAGGUCAGCGGCUAAUAUUCAUCGACUCGCCCUGUUUUGAAGUCUGAUAUACUUUCUUCAGUUGGAAUCAUUACUUCAGGUCCACCUUCCUACUGCGGGCCAGCUGGAAGAGGGGCUGGGCAAGCUCAACGGAGGGGCGCAGCUUCCUAGAAAGAA